UCAAUUUAUUGUUUGGUUGCUUGCGGCUUGAAAAAGAAGAAAACAAACCAUUGAUUUACUAGGUCCAUGAAAUUAGGUCCAUGAAACAAACAAACUCUUCGAAACUUUUUGGACAUUCUCUGAAAAGUAUCGUUGAAAAUCUCUUAACCAACCUUUUAAAACAUUGAAUGAAAAAUAAGAGUUUUUUUCAACAUAAAAACUGUAAAAACGGUAAAAACUUGAGCAGCCGGAAACAUGCCUUACGCCAACCAGCCCUCUGUUCACAUCAGUGAUCUUACGGAAGAUUCGGUCAAGUUUUUCAUCGAGGACACGGACUUGAGCGUUGCCAACAGCCUGAGGCGCGUCUUCAUUGCUGAAACGCCGACGAUGGCCAUUGACUGGGUGCAGUUGGAAGCCAACUCCACAGUCCUGAGUGACGAGUUCUUGGCGCACCGCAUUGGUCUCAUUCCUCUGACCUCAGACGACGUCGUCGACAAGAUGCAGUACACACGAGAAUGCACCUGCAUAGAUUUCUGUCCCGAGUGCAGCGUUGAAUUUACCCUUGACGUCAAAUGUUUGGAUGACCAAACCAGACACGUGACCACGGCAGAUCUGAAAUCAUCAGACUCGAGGGUCAUUCCUGUCACAAGCAGGCACAGGGAGGAGGACAAUGAGUACGGAGAAAAUGACGAUAUUUUGAUUGUGAAAUUGAGAAAAGGGCAAGAGCUGAAGUUGAGGGCUUACGCUAAAAAAGGCUUUGGAAAGGAGCACGCCAAGUGGAACCCAACCGCUGGGGUCAGUUUCGAGUAUGACCCUGACAAUGCCCUCAGACACACUCUCUUCCCCAAACCAGAAGAAUGGCACAGCAGCGAGUUUUCCGAGCUUCCCGAGGGAGAAAAUGAAGCCAAGUACCUUUGGGACGCCAAGCCAAACAAGUUCUACAUCACCGUGGAAAGUGUUGGUUCCCUGAAGCCGGAAACUAUUGUGAUGAAUGGAGUUCGAGAGCUGAAAACGAAGCUGUCUAAUUUGCAAACUCAGCUGAGUCAUGAAGUUCGCAUUGAUGCCCUGGCUUGUUAAUUUUUAAGGAUUAAUUUGUAAUGUGCUAAAUGAGAUAUGAAUUUUUUACUAUCUGGUAUUAAUAUCAAAUUUAGUUAAAUUUGCAAAAUUCAUUACUAUGUUUCUGGUAAUAAACAACUCUAAUUAUGGAAAAUAGUUAA